AAUUGAAUGUUUCUACAAACUGCAGUUUCGUGCCAGUUUCAACUCACCCCAACUCUUACCAAUUCUCCCCCGACGGACGAAGAUUUUUCAAUGUACUCGUUUUUUCAUAUAUUUAUAUACUAUAAAUCGAUGGAAUCCAUUUCUAAAUUCUCAUUCUUCUCCCACUUUCUCUCUCUAGUUUAUCCCAUUUUUUCCGCACUCUAGAAUUGGUUGAAUUUUUUUUUCUGGAAGGAGGGUUCUUCAUUUCUACCGAAAGUCAAAGAUUAUUCGUUUCAGCUUUCGUGAAAUUUCAGGUUCUCGUCGAAACACAGACGACUUCUUUUAUUGAUCAAACGCGCACCUUGCCCGAGUUAAAAAAGGUAGCCUAAUUCGAUACGAAAUUCUUUCGCCGCUUCGAAAAUGUUUGGACACAUGAAAUCUCCCUUACAUAAGCUUUCGAAGCACAAAUCCGCCGACCCCGGAUUUGUUAAGCCGGCUGCUGCCAAUCCUUUCGAUUCGGAUGAUGAGCUGGACAUCAAUAAGCAGCCAACCCUUAAAACCGCUGCAAGAACAUCGUCGGAACCUUCUGUUAUUACAUCAAAUAUGAGGAGUAGUCUUUUCGACGACGAUGUUGUUACUAAAGGGACCUCAUCGUCAUCAUCAUCUCAAACAUCUGUUACUUCAUCGGCAAGAAACAAAUACAAGAACGAUUUUCGCGAGUCUGGCGGAUUCGAUAACCAGAGUGUACAGGAACUGGAAAGUUACGCCGUGUAUAAAUCAGAAGAGACUACCAAAACGGUGAACAAUUGUCUGAAAAUUGCUGAGGAUAUGAGAGAAGAUGCGACCAAGACUUUGGUUACUUUGCAUCAGCAGGGAGAGCAAAUUACGAGGACUCACAUGACUGCUGCUGAGAUUGACCAUGAUUUGAGCAGGGGGGAGAAGCUUCUCGGAAGUCUGGGUGGAAUGUUCUCCAAGACAUGGAAGCCUAAGAAGAAUAAAGAAAUUUCAGGCCCCGUAAUCACUAGAGAUGACCCUGUACACCGAAAGGGUAACCAUUUGGAGCAGAGAGAAAAAUUGGGAUUGACUUCUUCUACCUCUCAUGAAAGAUCUCACACACGUAAACCACCACCUAUUGAACCAACUAACGCGUUGCAGAAAGUCGAGGUGGAAAAGUUGAAACAAGAUGAUGCCUUUGAAGAUUUAAGCAAUAUCUUGGGAGAUUUAAAGAGUAUGGCUGUUGACAUGGGAUCCGAGAUUGAGAGGCAGAACAAAGCGUUGGAUCAUGUUGAAGAUGAUGUUGAUGAGCUGAACUUUCGAGUGCAAGGUGCUAAUCGGCGCACACGUCGUUUGCUCGGAAAGUAGACACGACUUGGGAUCGUUUUCUGUAUGUUGUUUUUACCUUUGAUUGCAUUUAUACGCAAAUCAAGAUUUAAUUACGUUCGAUAAAGUGUUAAUAACUGCAAGAAGCACUGUAUUUUUACCAAUGUACUUUGUAAUUUGAAUUGUUGGAAUGCUUUGUUUUUAUUCAUAUAUAGUUUGAGAGAUAUA